AUGAUGGACCAUCACCUUCAACUCAACCUUGCCAUGACAGAACUGCUUGUGAUUCCAGCAAACCCAUCGUUCCAUCACAAUUUUACCAUCAAGUUAGGCACAUCAACCAUAACUCCUUCAAAAACAGCUAGAAGCCUUGGAGUUAUGAUUGAUGAUCAGCUGACUUUCUCAGACCACAUUGCUAAAACUGUCCGAUCCUGCAGAUUUGCUUUAUUCAACAUCAAGAAGAUCAAGCCCUUUCUUUCGGAACAUGCUGCACAACUCCUUGUUCAAGCUCUUGUUCUGUCCAGGCUGGACUAUUGCAAUGCCCUCUUGGCAGGUCUUCCAGCCAAUUCUAUCAAACCUUUACAAUUAAUUCAGAACACGGCAGCAAGAUUAAUUUUCAAUGAGCCAAAAAGAAUACAUGUCACACCUCUGUUUAUCAAUUUACACUGGCUUCCAAUAGCUGCUCGCAUAAAAUUCAAGGCAUUGAUGUUUGCCUACAAAACUACCACUGGCUCUGCACCCAUUUACCUAAAUUCGUUACUUCAGACUUAUGUGCCCUCUAGAAGCUUGCGUUCUGCAAGUGAACGUCGCUUGAUUGUGCCAUCCCAAAGAAGCACAAAGUCACUUUUACGGACUUUUAAAUUAAAUAUUCCCUUCUGGUGGAAUGAACUCCCCAACUCAAUCCGAGCAGCUGAGUCCUUAACCAUCUUCAAGAAUCGGCUUAAAACACAUCUCUUCCAUCUUUAUUUGACCCUCUAACUUUAACACUCACUAUUCUAAUUCUAUUCUUUAAAAAAUCGAACUACCUUUCUAAUCUUUUU